AUGUCAUCUCUCACGAACGGCGCCCACGGGCCGCUCGUUUCCUGUUUCUUGAUGUGCGCUGAAGUCUGUACCUCUGACAUGGCGGCACGCUGUCAGGGGCCCCUCAAACCAUGUCACUGCGGCGCCGUGUCACGCACUGCCAGUUGGCGACCUCCGCUCGCCGCAGCUGACCCUUCGCCGAUUCGACGGACACCAGCACGAACACCAAGCUGCACGCGACGCGGCGCACCAUUGUGCCGGGGCGUGCGAAGCCUCUCGCCGACGGCGCAGCCGUGCUCAGCACCCCGACGCAGUUUGGCGGGCCCCGGGAAAGCGGCGCCGGUCGCCGCUCGCGACAAGGGCGCUGCGUGCGCUCGACAUGGCGAAGACAUCGAGCUCCUGCCAGCACACGGAAAGGGCAGAAGCGAUCCUCACGGACGUCGGUCCGGAGCCAGGGAAUCUGCUCGUAGAGAAGCUUGGUAUCCAGGAGCGGGCGGGAUGACUGGUGCGGGGCCGAAAGUGCGGCUCGACCGCCUGAAGGAGCAGCUGCGCGGCAUGGGGCACGACGUGGACGACACGACGGUCGUAAAGCUGCUGAAGGAGAUGGGGCUGCUGCGCCUCGUGGACGUCGCUGAGCUGGAGCAGCCGGGCGCCGCCGAGGGCGACCGCGCGUCGGACGCGCAUGAGCCGCCCGCGGGCGACUCGGACGCGGUCCCGAAUGCGGCGCCGUCGCAGCAGAACGGCGCGGCGGAGCCGGAGCCGGGACCCAAGGGCGCUGGCGGGAAGUCCGCGAUUUGCGCGGACGAAAAGGACUUUCACCUGGAUGGGAGCUUCUCGAGCCUCAGUGGAAGCCUGACGAGCAGCAUAGGGCACUCCUUCCGGUACUCGUCAGACGAGAACGACCCGUACGAUAUUCUUGCUGCACCUCAGGCUGCGCGCGGCGCUGCGAAAGCAUCAGGGCGGUCUGCUGCGCCGCCGCACGCCACACCGCCGACGGGACGAGCCCGCAGUGCCCGGGCUGCCCCUCCCGGCCUGCUCUCGCCGGAGCCGGUGACGCUGAGCCCAGAGGCUGCAGCUGCUCGGCUCACGCCGUCGCGCCUCUCGGGCAAGGCCGUGCGCGUGCCCGUGGCCCCCGCGACCCCGAGAGUGGCCAGGCGCGACGGACACGAGGUGCCGUCGUUCGUGUCCUCGGCAGGCUCAGCGAGGCGCGCGCGGGCGAGCCCCCGGACCCCAGCGACUGCGUCCGUGCAGACUGACGCGCACACGCCGCCGACUGCGGCCUCUGCGCGGACGGUGCGGCACCCCUCUCCGCCGAGCACGCCCAUCGUGCCCGGGACCUCGGUCAUCAAGGUGCACAAGCACGAGGGGCCGCCGCGCACCGACAGGGUGGCGCGCUGGCAGAAGCUCAACAGCGGGUGGAAGAAGGACCCGUUCCUCGCCCGGAACGGCGCCACUGGCAGCCGGCUGGGAGCGCGGCCGGCGGUGAAGCGCCCUGACAGCGCGGUGCCGGAGGAGAGGUACCACGAGAAGAUGGCGCAGAUCCACAGGAUGAUGGACGCCGUGGACCGGCCGAGGAGCGCGAACCACUACGUGCCGAACUCUUACGUCACGCCCGACCAGAAGCGGCGUGACUCGCUCAGGUGGGAGGUGAGGAAGAACAUGAUGAUGGCAUGA